UGCCUCGCGCCUGGCGGCCAUGAGCUCGGCCACAUGCCGCCGCGGCUUCAAUGGCAAGUUCCGUCGCAUCGCAUCCGCGCCGUCGCCGCUUCUCCACCGCACCGGCCUGUCGCCACCCGCCGACUGUGGCGCGCGGGCUGCGGAGCAGCACUGCCUCCACCUUCUAGAGCGCUCCUCCGCGCCGGCCGCCGUCCUGCAGUCCCUCGCCUUCCUCCUCAAGUCCGGCCUCCACGCCAACCCGCUCGUCCUCACCAGGCUCUUCGCGUCCUCCGCUGCUGCGGCGCCCGCGCUGCUUGAGCCCCUUGUCGCUGCGCUCCUCGUGCCCUCCGUCCCCAUCGACGCGUUCCUCGCCAACACUCUCAUCCGCGCGCACGCCGCCUCCCCGCUCCCUUCGGCCCGCCUCCGCGCCGCCUCCUUCUUCCCGCUCAUGCUCCGCAGCGCCACGUUGCCGAACAAGUUCACCUUCCCGUUCCUCCUCAAGGCCUGCGCCGCGUUCCCGGGCGUUGGUGUCCAGGCGCACGCCGCCGCUCUCAAGUUCGGGUUCACCACCGACCAGUAUGUUUCCAAUACUCUCAUACACAUGUACUCGUGCUUCGGCGGUGAGUUUCUUGGGGACGCGCGGAAUGUGUUCGACAGAAUGGCCAAAUCGAGCGCGGUUACUUGGAGCGCGAUGAUCGGCGGGUAUGUGCGUAGCGGGCUGUCGAGUGAUGCAGUUGGGUUGUUCAGGGAGAUGCAGGCCAGCGGGGUGAGGCCAGAUGAGGUCACAAUGAUUGGUGUUCUGGCAGCAGCUGCAGAUUUGGGAGCGCUCGAGCUUGCUCGGUGGGUUGGCCGGUUUGUGGAGAAGGAGGGGAUUGGGAAAUCUGUGACGCUGUGCAAUGCGCUGAUUGACGCUCUCGCCAAGUGCGGUGAUUUGGAUGGGGCUAUGGCAGUGUUCCAGGGGAUGAAGGAGCGGACUAUUGUUUCUUGGACGUCAGUGAUUGACGCACUUGCAAUGGAGGGUCGUGGGAAGGAGGCUGUGGCGGUGUUCGAGGAGAUGAAGACUGCUGGCGUGCGGCCUGAUGAUGUUGCGUUCAUUGGGGUGCUCACUGCGUGUAGCCAUGCUGGAAUGGUUGAUGAAGGUUAUGGCUACUUUGAGUCAAUGAGGAUGGCAUAUGGCAUUGAUCCUAAGAUCGAGCAUUAUGGCUGCAUGGUAGACAUGUUCGGUCGUGCUGGCAUGGUCGAGCGGGCAAUGGAGUUUGUUCAUAAGAUGCCCAUGAAACCAAACCCAAUAAUAUGGCGGACGCUUGUUGCUGCCUGCCGUGCCCAUGGCAGGCUUGAGCUCGGAGAAACCAUCACCAGGAACCUUCUAAAUGAGUACCCGGCACAUGAGGCCAACUACGUCAUGCUCUCCAAUGUCUAUGCGCUGACACGGAGGUGGAAGGAGAAAUCAGAGAUUAGGAGAGAGAUGAGCAAGAGAGGGAUCAAGAAGGUGCCAGGUUGCAGCCUUGUUGAGCUCGAUGGGGAGGUCCAUGAGUUCAUAGCUGGUGACGAGUCGCAUCCACAGUGGAAAGAGAUAUACAUGAUGGUCGAGGAGAUGGCGAGGGAGCUCAGGCGUGCUGGGCACAUCUCAGCUACAUCAGAGGUUCUCCUUGACCUUGAUGAGGAGGAUAAGGAGGUUGCGCUUCAGUGGCACAGCGAGAAGCUGGCGAUUGCAUUUGUGCUACUGAGGACUCCUCCUGGUACACAGGUCCGCGUGGUCAAGAAUCUCCGAGUAUGCUCUGACUGCCAUGCAGCAAUAAAGUGCAUUUCGCUGGUUUAUAACCGGGAGAUCAUUGUGCGUGAUCGCAGCAGGUUCCAUCGCUUCAAGAAUGGCUCCUGCUCGUGCAAUGAUUUCUGGUGAUGCAAUUGUUUUUCACCAAUUUAUCCUGUUUCUGGCUGCCCAUCAAAGAGGGCAAUUGCAGAAGAUGAUGGUAAUGGUAAUUUAUUUCGAGGGGGCUUCUGCAAAUCUUUCAAGGUUCGUCUGUUCAUUUGAAAUAUGGAAGAUUUUGGUAGCCAGUAGUUACGAUGCUUGUUUAAGGAUAUUAGAAGCUGUGUUGAAGUGUAUACUUUUUAUAUUAGUCCCUGGACUAAAGGAACUAAAUAAACCCUAAUUUUAGUAGC